AUGCCGUCAUCCGAGUCGCCCGCCUCGGCAUCGCCCGUUGACCAGGCCAUUCCGCCGCCAGACCCCAGCAGCAGAGCGUCGGAUCCAUCCAUACAACAACCCCAGGGGUACCCCAGCAUUGGCCGCCGGACGCACAAGAAGAGCCGCACCGGCUGUUCAACGUGCAAGGCAAGGAAGAUCAAGUGCGACGAGAGACAUCCCGCGUGUCUCAACUGCAUCUCCCACGGUGUAGAAUGUCCUUUUCUCAAAGGAGGUGCGGUGGCCAAACCGUCCACCCGCGCCUCAAAACCAAAGUCCCGGUCGACAGCCUCGCCCGCUACCCCCUCGACUGCCGGGCCCAGUCCAGUGUCGAUGCUCCCCGAGAGCGGAGCCCUCCCGCUCCUGGAGCUCGAACUCCUCCAUAACUUCACCACAAAAACCUACACUACGCUCACCGCAGACCCCAGCCUCUGGGAAUUUUGGCGCGAUGACGUCGUCCAGCAGGGCCUGGCCUGCGACUAUAUCAUGCGCGCCGUGCUGGCCGUCAGCGCGCUGCACCUGGCCUACCACCGACCAGACCGCCGCGACUUCUACAUAGAGGAGAGCAUCCUGCUGCACCAGAAAGCAUCCCGCUCGGCGAUGCGCGUCAUGGCCGCCGGCGGCGACAAGAUGGACAAGCACCAGGCCGCCAACCUCUUCCUCUUCAGCGUGCUAACCUUCUUCUUCGCCCUUGCCUCCCCGCGCCGAUCUCACCCGGACGGCACCUUCUUCAUCGGCGACUCGGGCGUCCCCGACUGGGCCUUUCUUCUCUCCGGCGGCAAGUCCGUGUUUGGCGUGCUCGGCGAGCGAGGCCUAGAAACUGUCGCGGGACCCUUCCUGCACUACGGCCGCGGCCGCUGGAACGCCCAGCGCGCCAUCAUGGAGGCACGGUCGCACGAGCCGCCCUUGCUCGAUCCGCUGCGCGCCCGCAUCGCCGCCGCCGUGUCGGACCCCGAUCUGCUCCGCACCUACGCGUACGCUGUCGAUGAGCUGGAACUGGCGCUGGUGGUGCGCCAGGACCCGGACGCGCCGAGGGACGUGCUGGACGCCAUGGUGUGGUUGUGGAUGGUCUCCGACUCGUUCGUGCCGCUGCUCAAAGUGCCUGCCCAGGAGGCCGUGGCGAUAUUUGCGCACUACUGUGUGCUGCUGAAGCAUCAUGAGAGUCAUUGGUGGCUGCAGGGUUGGGGAGAUCAUGUCAUGGCCAGGGCGCAUGAGAUUUUGGAUGAGGAGCAUCGGGCGUGGAUUCAGUGGCCGCUUCGGGAGAUGGGCGGUGUGCUUGUUGGGAGCAUGGAGAGGUGA